CACUCACAGUCUCUUUCACUGAGUCCGAGCGAAGGGAGGGUCAGCAGGCGGAAGAGUGCCAACGACUUUACUGGGAACUGCCAAAGAGAAAGAGAGAGAGAGAGAGAAAGUUCCUUUGACAUUUAUAGAGUAGUAGUGCUGACGUAAAACUUGUUUAGCGUUGUUUUAGUGCAUACUUUAAUCGCCAUCACUCUGUUUCUGGUGCUGUUGCAUCUUAGUUGUGAAUGAGAUCCGUUUCCAUAGGAAACAUUUACUAGUGCGAAUCAACACCCGAGGCAAAAUUGUGCAUCUGAGAGUUCAGUUCGCUCGCUCAUUCAUCGGAGGAUUUUUUUCCCGCAUAGGAUCACGUCUCUUCUGCUGCCCAUUCGACCAGCUUUAAUAUGUCGAGAAUGCGCGAAUACAAGAUUGUGGUGCUGGGGUCAGGUGGUGUUGGCAAGUCAGCGCUUACCGUACAGUUUGUUCAAGGAAUCUUUGUUGAAAAAUAUGAUCCUACCAUAGAAGACUCUUAUAGAAAACAGGUGGAAGUUGAUGGACAGCAAUGCAUGCUAGAAAUUCUUGACACUGCUGGAACAGAGCAAUUUACAGCUAUGCGAGAUUUAUACAUGAAAAAUGGUCAAGGCUUUGUAUUGGUAUACAGCAUCACAGCACAGAGCACUUUUAAUGACCUACAAGAUCUUCGUGAACAGAUUCUCAGAGUAAAGGACACAGACAAUGUUCCAAUGAUUUUAGUGGGCAACAAAUGUGAUUUGGAGGAUGAGAGAGUGGUUGGGAAAGACCAGGGACUGAACCUUGCCAAAUCCUUUUCAUGUGCAUUCCUAGAAUCUUCAGCCAAGGCCAAAAUCAAUGUUAACGAGAUCUUCUAUGAUUUGGUACGACAAAUCAAUCGCAAUUCACCCCAAGGCCAGAAUGGAAAGACAGGAAGCAAGAAGAAAUGUUGCCUUUUAUAAGAUUGGAUAUUUUAUCUCUUUUAAGAAUAGGUCAAGAAUGCUUGGAUGUUAUGCCUUCAUCCUCUCAGGUGUAAAUUUAAUUUCUUGUUAUAUUGCCAAGACUUAAUCCAUAGAUCCUACCUGUGAAUUUGUGAUUACAAGCAUAAUUUUCUUAAUUACCCCUGUACUUGAAUAGGUAAUAUACCACUAUUUCUCUUUCUGUUGAUCUUGACAAUACAACAUUGGAAUUAAACCAUGCAAAAAGGCUGGUGCCACACACACACAACUCACUUUUGAUUUAUAUGUCUUUAUUUUGAUAUGUAAAUCAGGUUGAGGUGUAUUGUAGUCCCCACAAGACCUUAAAGAUUUUCUCUUGGGGGAGGGGAAUGUGCUUGCAAUGGUAAAUUUUUGGGGUAUUUUAGGAGCACAGGUGUAUUAUCUAUUUUUUUUCUUUUCUAAGUUCUGGGCAGUUGAGUAUUGCUGCAGUUGAGUAUUUAUAUAAUGCGCUAACUAUAUUGUAGGCAUAACUGCUGUCAAAGAAUUGAUAUUUUAUCUUAGUCUCUCAUGAUGUAGUAAAAUGUUAUGAAAGUGAUUAUUGAAAUUUAUUAAUGUAAUUAAUUUUCCAAAGUUCCCUAGUCGAUGUGUGUUUUCAUGAAGCACAAAAUAUUGAAAAUUAUUGUAUCCAUAUUCAAUAUUUGAUUUGUAUGCGAGAGACAACUGUGUCAUCCAUCCUCAUUGUAAACAUGUUUUAACAUGUAAGAUAUAUGCAUUAAUAGGUACAAUCCAGAAAGAUGAUCACAAUUCUUUUGAUCUUGUUGAACUCAUUCUCUGUGGUUUGAGUUCCCAGGAAUACUUUGUACCUUUAGUAGCUUGUAGUUUGUUACCCGCGUAUGGUUACGCACAAGUUGCUUGUUAAGGGACCCAAAAACCUGGUUACAGGUAGUGUAAGAACAAUUGAAAUUUGUGCAUAUUCUGUCAGCUUGUUCAUUUGACAGGGAAUGAACAAACGGCUUACUGAUCAUGUGUUAUUUAGAGAAAUAUAUAUACUAUUGAAGUAAUCGCCAAACUGAUUCUUGAUGAGUGACCAAAGAUUAGCCACUCCUCCAAGCAGUCCUUUCAUGGAUGUUUUAGAAGAAUAUAUGAAUACAGUAUGUUGCGGAGAUUGUUUUCCUCCUGGUCUUCUGUAAAUCUCAGUGUUGCCUCUUGGUAAUGCCUACAGUUUGAUGUGGUGUUAGUGUGCUCAUUGUAAUUUUUUUUCUUCUCUUUCUUGCUCUGCUCUUAAAACAAAAUAGCUUCAGAGAAACCAAAAUAAAAAAAAAUAUUUGAAUACUGAUUUUGUCUGGAAUUAUAAGCAACUCUGUACAUAUCCUGAAUACAUUUAGUCAUGCUGGAACUUUCAACAGUAUAAUCCAGACAUAACGCAAUACAGAAGUGGGACACAAUGUGCAGAGCAAGUAUGGGGUAGCGGCUGCUCCUCCAGUAAUGACGAAUAACAUGAAAUUCAGCCUUACUUGUAAGGAGCCAAGUUGCCGGUCACUGCCAGUGGACACCAUAUGUCUCCAUGCCAUCUGUCUCCACAACAAACUGCUCCUUAGAUGGUGUAAGUUGCAAUGCAACGCUUCAUAAUAUUGCAGUUUACCAAUGACUUGUGUAGUUCAUUAUUGUUUUCUACUGACUUUCAUGCCACACCUAUGUAAUACAGAUUUAUUCUGAAAAAUAGCCCUAGAAAGUUAAAUCAGUUAGUGUAGUUGAUUUUUUAAAAAAAGAAUGUGAUAUGAUAUGCAUUGUUAGACAUAAAUCUAGGGUCAUUUGAAGAUAAAUUGGCUAGUAAUACAUCAAUAUUAGCAGCUUGAUACAAUAUUGGAAAAAGCUUUACUGUUUGUUUACAUUCUGAUAAAGUGAAAUAUAUCGUGUACAUUGUU